UCAGAGUUUAAGUUCUCAUGUCACAGAGAGUCUGAACUGUUUUCAUGCACUCACACUGAAAACUGCAUCAGGAUGAUGUUUCCAGUAACUCUGCUGAUCGUGUUGGGUUUUCUCAGUCAGGAGUCUUCUGCCAACAACUUUCUGACUCAGACUGACAAAUCCAAGUCUGUUAGUCUUGGAGGGACUGUGACCAUCAGCGCCACAGGGAGUUCAAAUAUUGGUGGCACUCUCUACUGGUACCUUCAGAAACCAGGACAGGCUCCCAAACUUCUUAUAUACAGUGUAUCAACUCUAUACUCAGGAACUCCAUCUCGAUUCAGUGGUAGUAGAUCUGGUUCUCAGUACACUUUAACCAUCAGUGGAGUUCAGGCUGAAGAUGCUGGAGAUUACUACUGUCUUGGCUACCAUGGUAGUGGAGUGUUCACUUUUGGUGGAGGAACCAAACUCAUCAUUCACUCUGGCUCCAUGGUCAGGCCCUCAGUCUCUCUGCUUCCCCCCUCCUCUGAGCAGCUCUCUGGGGGCUCGGCCACGCUGGCCUGCCUGCUGACUGGCUACUCUCCUCAGGGAGCCGUGGUGAGCUGGGAGGUGGACGGUACAGCGGUGACAGAGGGGGUCCUGGACAGCUCAGAGGAGGAGAAGAGCGGACGCUACAGCAGCAGCAGCACCCUGAGCCUGAGCCGGGAGCGCUGGAUGAAAGGAGAGCUGUACUCCUGCAAGGUCCUCCAUCAUGCCCACAGUCAGAUCCAGUCCCUCCGCAGGAGCCAGUGUGAGGGCUAGAAGGGCUGAGUGAAGCCCAGGACAGGAGCUGUGUGUGGGGGGAGCAGGAGGAACACACCUGCUGCUCUCAUCCAUAUGAGUUUUAAUCUUUGUAGAGGAAAGUAAAGCUUUGUGUGACAGAGAACAACACUGCUGCAAAGUGUUGGACAACAACAUCUUAGAGAGUAAUGUGUGGAGCCCAGCAGCUGGAUGUGAGUGUGCUUAAUAACUGUCUGACUGAUGUUUUUGCUAAUAAAGCUUCAACUGAUACAUGA